AUGAGUGGAUCUGGCAAAGGAUUACUCGGAUUAUGGCUGUACCACAGUGGCGAACAGGAAUGGACCGUCAAGGAAGGAAGUCCGUUGCAUAAACGGAAGGAAUUUGCUCAAUGCAGACCAACGGACACGAGCAACGGUAAUGAGCAGAGGGGUGACAAAACAUCCAUCAUAUUUACGCUGAAGAAUCAAGUCGGUGGAUUGGCCCGGGCGCUGCAAGUAUUUCAGGAGCUCGGAAUUAAUGUACUUCACGUCGAACUAAAUAAAACCGGAGAUCCGUGUGAACAAGCGGACGUCCUAGUGGAUAUCGAAUGUGACUCCAACAAGCUGGACCAGGUACUACGGUUACUAAAGCGGGAGGUGCAAUCGGUAAACUACGCUGCACCGAUUGCUAGCGAUGGACCUCCUCCGACUCCACUUUCCGCGUGUGGCAGUUUUGAUUUCGGCGAGAUGCACUGGUUUCCAAGGAAAAUUUCUGACCUAGAUCGAGCUCAGAAUGUUCUCAUGUACGGCAGUGAGCUGGAUGCUGACCAUCCCGGAUUUAAAGACCCUGUCUACCGUAAACGAAGAGAACAAUUUGCUGCUAUCGCCAAUUCAUACAAGCACGGAAACCCCAUCCCAAGGAUUCAGUACACCGCCGAAGAGAUCAAGACAUGGGGAACCGUUUUUCGUGAACUACAUAAACUCUAUCUCAUUCAUGCCGUACCGGAAUACAUGGAAAAUUGGCCCGAUCUGGUAAAGUACUGUGGCUACCGGGAGGAUAACCUACCGCAGCUGCAGGACAUCAAUGUGUUCCUCAAGCGGAAGACUGGAUUUCAAAUCCGACCGGUAGCCGGUUAUCUUACACCGAGGGAUUUCCUCUCCGGGCUGGCGUUUCGGGUGUUUCACUGCACCCAGUACAUCCGACAUUCGUCGGAUCCAUUCUACACGCCGGAGCCCGACUGCUGUCACGAACUGCUGGGUCACAUGCCGCUGCUAGCGAAUCCAAGCUUUGCCCAGUUCUCCCAGGAACUUGGGCUGGCUUCGCUGGGUGCUUGCGAUGAUGAUAUCAAUAAAUUGGCAACGUUAUAUUUUUUCACUGUCGAAUUCGGUCUAUGCCGUCAGACUGACGGUUCUUUCAAAGUUUUUGGAGCAGGACUGCUCUCGUCAGUUGCCGAACUCAAACAUGCGAUCACUACGUCAUCGAAAAUUAAACGUUUCGAUCCGGAUGUAACCUGCCAGGAAGAGUGCAUCAUAACAGCUUAUCAAAAUGCUUACUAUUACACGGAUUCGUUCGAAGAGGCCAAGGAAAAGAUGAGGGCUUUCGCUGAAAAUAUUCAACGUCCGUUUGGAGUUCGGUACAAUCCAUACACUCAAACUGUUGAAGUGCUCAGCAAUGCCAAGAAAAUUACUGCUCUGGUCAGUGAACUGCGAGGAGACAUCAGCAUUAUAUCUGCUGCGUUGAAAAAGGUUUCGGCUUUGGAUGAUAAUCUAGACGUUGAGUCUAUCGAAAAACUUCUUUCAGCUAAACUCUGCGUAUUGGAUAAAAGCCCAAACUCUGAAUCUUCCGAUUCGACUGAUAAAGCAACUACGCCGAAUCAGUAA